AUGUCGAAAGGCGGUCUUAAACAGGGAGAGUCUACUGUUCACCCAGAUGAUGUAACCGACAAUAAUCAGGAGACCAGUAAUCCUAAUGAACUACACUUAGAAAAUCUUUGCAUAGCAGAGAAAAGUGAUCAACCUUCUACACGACAAGGAGAGUCUACGAUAGGCUCACCAGGCACGCAGCAAUUUAGAAAUACUAACAGCCAGUAUGGAAACAAGGGCAGAUCUACCGGUCAAUCUUCUGUAAGACCAGGAAAUGGCAGUGGUCAAAAUCAGCAGUACAGAAGAACAAAUAACGGAAAAGGAAAUGAUCCUUCAUCUAAAGGUAAUGCACCUACCCAACGACAGUGGAACAAGAAUACAUCUGGGAAAUCCCAGAUGACACCAAAAAAGUCCGGAUAUGAAGCAUAUAUGACAGAAGCUGAUGUCAAGAAAGGACUGGUUUCAGGACAACUAAUACAGAUAAAUGUACACGAUUUAAAUGAUCUCGAAGAAAAAUACAAGGACAAUGAAUCCAGUGACAAUGCAAAUAACGAUAAUCAGUCAGAUGUUACUCCAAGGACAGAGCAUCAAGGUGAUUCAGACAGCGGGAGUCAACCUGAGAAUAAGAUUAAUGAAAAUUCCAUGUAUAUAACGUUUCAAGAAGUAAUGAAAGGAGGAAAUGAUGUGGUUAAAAAAUUGUUUACAUCUAAUGACAAAGAGAAACUAAACUCUGCAAACCGAGUUUUACGGAGAACUGGAAAGGUUGUGGCUAUAAUGCAACUAAAGCAUUCUAGAGUAUGUACAGGAAGUUUGAAUAUGAUGAAUCAACAUACAGCGUUGUUUACACCACGAGUUCAGAAGAUUCCCCGAAUAAUGAUUCCUUUGAAGUAUUGUCCAAAAGACUUCAGCAAAAGUCCAAAAGAUCAUACCAACAUCUUGUAUAUCAGUAAAAUUAAGGAAUGGAGAGACAACUAUUCAUAUGCACACGGGGAAUUCGCGCAGACUUUAGGGACGAAAGGAGAAGUAAACAUAGAAACAGAAGGAAUCCUGAGAGAAUAUGAUGUUGAUUUUUCAGAAUUUACCAAAGAGAUGCUAGAUAGUUUACCAAUAGCAACAUGGCAGAUUCCUGAUGAUGAGAUUACUAAACGACGAGACUUCCGUCAGCAGUGUGUGUUUACUAUAGACCCUGCAACAGCAAGAGAUCUAGAUGAUGCUCUGUCUUGUGAGCAACUAGAUGAUGGUAAUUACAAUGUAGGGGUCCAUAUAGCAGAUGUCAGUUAUUUUCUUAAAGAUGAUUCAGCACUAGACAGGCGAGCCAGUAGCAUGGCUACAAGUGUUUAUCUAGUUCAGAAGGUGAUACCAAUGUUACCCACAAUUCUGAGUGAAGAGCUAUGCAGUUUGAAUCCCAAUCAAGACAGACUUACGUUUUCUGUCAUAUGGAAUAUAUCAGAGAAAGGAGAGAUAAAAAGUGAAUGGUUUGGACGAACUGUGAUUAGAUCAUGUGUAAAACUUAGCUAUGAUCAUGCUCAGAGAUUCAUAGACGAGCCAGAAAGGGAAUGGACAGAAGAGGAAUUGCCAGCUAUAUCGAAUGGAAUCUCGAUCAGUCAAAUAAAACAGACCGUAUUAUAUCUACAUAAGAUAGCUAAGAACUUACGAAAGGCCAGAUUUGACAAAGGAGCCUUGCACUUAGACAAAGUGAAGUUACAGUUCUCUUUAGAUGAACAAACUGGAAUGCCGAAUGGAUAUAGUGUGUAUAAACAAAAAGAUAGUAAUAGGUUGGUAGAAGAGUUUAUGCUGCUGACUAAUAUAGCAGUUGCUGAUAAGACCAAGAAACAUUUUCCAGAUAAAGCAUUGUUACGAAGUCAUCCCAAACCACAGUCCAAAUUGGUUGAUGAAUUGGUUGAAAUGAGCAAAAAUGUGGGAUUUCCUAUUGAUGCUACAUCUGCAGGUACAAUACAGAAGACUCUGUUGGGAUACGCUGAAAAUGAUGACGUAUACGAAGCUAGAAUGCAGGUGCUAGUAAAUAUGUGUUGUAAAGUCAUGCAGAAAGCUAAGUAUUUCUGUACUGGAUGUAUCAAUGAUGAGGAUCUGUAUCGUCACUACGCCUUGAAUGUUCCUCUGUAUACACAUUUUACUAGUCCUAUUAGGAGAUAUGCUGAUGUGGUAGUACACAGGACUUUGGCUGCUGCUUUAGAUAAUAGUGAACUAAGUGAAAAGUCUACGGUGGCAAUACAGAGCAUCGCCGAGAACUGUAACGACAGAAAGAAUAAUGCUAAACAAGUGUCAGAUUUAAGUGAAGAACUGUUCUUUGCUGUCUUUGUGAAGACUACUGGUCCAUUGGAAAUGAAAGGAAUGGUGAUGACAGUAUUAGAUAAAUCCUUUGAUGUCUUAUUACUUAAUAUUGGAGUAAAAAAGAGAAUUUACUGUAAUCAACCAGCUAUUAAGGAAACUUGUUAUAAAAAAGAAAUGAACAAUUCAGUAUUAACUUUAUACUGGAAGCCAACAGAAGACAAAAGUACCGGAGCAAUACAGAAAAUAUCAAUAUUCACGGAAGUCACCUGUAUAUUAAAACCAACAAAAUCACCUCUACAGUGGAUGGCUAUCCUAAAAUCACCAGAAGUACAAAAAUGA